CAGAAGUUUCUCCGCGGCCCCUUAUAUACCCCCUCCGCGGCACCGCGCGGGCUAUAGGGCAGCCGAGCGUCCUCCGCAUCGCGCCGUGCCGUGCCGUGCCGCGCCAGGUCGCCAGAGGUGUUGGGUGCUACCAAAACCAUGUGGAGUAUUCUGGCACUCGCUCUCUGCAGCUUUGCUGCAGCUGUGCCCUCAGAGGACAGGAAGCUGAGCGACAAGGCGACAACGUUGGCUGACCGCAGCGCAACGCUGGCCUUCAACCUCUACCAUGCCAUGGCAAAAGACAAGAACAUGGAGAACAUUCUGCUGUCCCCGGUGGUCGUGGCCUCUUCCCUUGGCCUUGUGUCCCUCGGGGGCAAGGCGACAACAGCUUCCCAAGCCAAGGCAGUGCUCAGCGUGGACAAAUUGAAUGAUGACUACGUGCACAGUGGGUUGUCGGAGCUCCUGAACGAGGUCAGCAACAGCACAGCCCGCAACGUUACGUGGAAGAUUGGGAACCGCUUAUAUGGCCCAGCCUCCAUCAACUUUGCUGAUGACUUUGUGAAGAACAGCAAGAAGCACUACAACUAUGAGCACUCCAAGAUCAACUUCCGGGACAAGAGGAGUGCCCUGAAAUCCAUCAAUGAGUGGGCAGCCCAGACCACGGAUGGGAAGCUCCCAGAGGUCACUAAAGAUGUGGAGAAAACUGAUGGAGCCCUCAUUGUCAACGCCAUGUUCUUCAAACCUCACUGGGAUGAGAAGUUCCAUCAUAAGAUGGUGGACAACCGUGGCUUCAUGGUGACCCGUUCCUACACUGUGGGAGUUCCCAUGAUGCAUCGCACAGGUCUCUACAACUACUAUGAUGAUGAGACAGAGAGGCUUCAGGUGGUAGAGAUGCCGCUUGCUCACAGACUCUCCAGCAUGAUCUUUAUCAUGCCAAACCAUGUGGAGCCACUGGAGAGGGUUGAGAAACUGCUGAACAAGGAGCAACUAAAGACCUGGUCUAGCAAGAUGAAGAAGAGAUCAGUGGCCGUCUCAUUGCCUAAAGUCAUUCUGGAAGUCAGCCACGAUCUUCAGAAACACUUGGCUGACCUGGGCCUGACAGAAGCCAUUGACAAAACCAAGGCUGACCUUUCGAAGAUCUCCGGCAAGAAAGACCUUUACCUGUCCAAUGUCUUCCAUGCUGCUGCACUCGAAUGGGACACAGAAGGGAACCCCUACGAUGCUGACAUCUAUGGCCGAGAGGAGAUGAGGAACCCCAAGCUCUUCUAUGCUGACCACCCCUUCAUCUUCAUGAUUAAGGACAAUAAAACCAGCUCCAUUCUCUUUAUCGGCAGACUCGUGAGGCCCAAAGGGGACAAGAUGCGUGAUGAGUUGUAGUUGGGAUUUUUUUCCAGAGAUUGGUUUGUGUUUUUAGUGUGAGGGAUUGGAAAAAGGGGAAACACUAUUUUGUAUCCUUCUUGAACUAUGGGUGCUAUUCAGACCAGGGUGCAUUUUGAUGAGAAACCAGCAUACACUUUUUACCUCACCCCGAAAUACUCUAUUGCACAAACCCACCUCCAGAGAGGAACAGGGGAGUCUGGCACAAGAGGGUCACCAGGAGUGGAAGGGAGCUGGCACGCACUGUCUCAAGCUAUUGGUAUCUUCAGCUGAUCAGGCUGAUGCUUGGUUCCUCCCUGCACUAGAAUUAAGCCUUCUGCUAAGAACCUUGCAGCUGCCAUCAGCCCUGCAAAGGCACAAGCCCUCCACCCUUCCAUCUGCAAUGCUUCUGCACAUCUAGCUCUGCCACUUACUUUUCUCCCUUUACUCCUUUACUACCUCCCAGUAUCCAUGGGGUACUGCACCGGAGCUGCUCUGGUUGCUUUGCUGAAGUUGUUUGUAGAGAAGGUAGGAGUAUGCCUCAUUCUUCUUCAAUCUGAGAACUAAGAUUGCAUGGAGUCAUGCCCUUCUGUCUGGUCUAACUCUGCUCCUGAUGAUUGUUUAGAUGCUUCAGCCCAAGCAAAAGCCAUCAGCUCCUUAACUAGAGGGGCAUUGCAAAGACAGGUGCAGCUUUGCUCUGCAGCAAACACUCCAUAAAAAAGUGGCUCGGAGGGUUAAGAGUGUCAGCAGGGAGGCCAAAGAGCAAAUAGGCUCCUAGGGAGUGACAGAUGCACCUGAGGGUCCCUUCAGCACUCCUGCAAGUCUGAGGAAAUGACUGUGAGUGGCUGUGCUUCACCUCUCUAGGACCGUGAAGGGGCUCUUGGGUCAACAUCUGUAGUUAAACAUCUUUUACCAAGCAAGCUGAGGAACUUCACUUCUCCUGGUGCUUUUGCAUAUGGCUGGGAAGAGAUUCAGUUUACACUGUGAAGGUUCUCCCAAUUACUACCAGGGCUGGUACCCAUCAGCUCCUGUAGAAGCCCAAGGGAUUCCUGCUGGCAUGUCGGAGGAACAUGGACCAGCUUUUGCUUUCACUUUGUUUAAAUACAAAGCUUUAGAGCUGCCAUUGCCUGACUUCCUAAUGACCCUUUUUUUGCAGCUCCUCUCUUUUCCUUAAUACUUUAGCUCCCCGUUGGCUGACCUGGAUAAGGGCACACUGAAAAACAAACCUUGUCAUGCACUCGGAGACAUUGCAAAGCAAGUAAUGACGAGAUUAUUAACACGAGAAAAAAUCCACAUACCAUAAUCUAAAUGCCAGUUGUUUGGAACCAGCAAGGACAGUGACUGCACUGUUUUUCUGAGUAUGGUUCCCUGCCAAUGCAUUUGCUGUCAGGUUGCUAUACAAGCCCAGUACUGCAUCGUUUCAGACCAUACUUUGGACUAUUUCCACUUAUUUAUUAACAGUUAAGUCUCUUAUUAGGCCUAACCUUGUAGAGCCAAAACUAUAGCAACUUACGCCUCCAACGUUUGACCUGACCAUGUCUUCUGCAGGUAUGCAAGGUUACACAACUGCAGAAAGGGGUACGUGCCCUAAUUCACGUAACAGACCAGCAGGAAGGAGAGUUCUGUCCUUAGUCUCUUCCCAGUCCAUUCUCCAAGGCACUUUGGGGGAGAGGGGAGGAAUCCACAAGGCUGUUGUAUCCAAAUGCACAGGAAGCCUAAAACUCAAGUGUGUAUGCUAGACACUACGCGAGGAAUCAGCGCACUGAAACCCACAUGCUGUAGCACAUGGAGAACAGGGAGGAGAAGGGGAGGGCACGGCAAGAACACAGUGUGGGAUAUUGUGAAUAAUUUGCAUCAUGUGGAUGCAGUGUCUGAUGGCUUUUAUUGUAUGUUCUUGUACCACACAAUGACAGUUGUGUUAUUUUGCAAUAAAACUUUUUUCAAUGAA